UUGUCGGAGCUGUUUCGGCCAGGUACCGUGGUUCUUCAUCAUUAUAUAAUUAAACUCCAAACUCGAUGUGAUCAAAACAAACCUGGCAGCGCGAACCAAGUGUGAGAGAGUGUGCGGGUGGUACCACUGUGGAAGAUGGUAUCGCGGUGACGGACAAAUGCCCACUUCUCCACACAGCAGCAGCAGCAGCAGUAGCAGCAGCAGAGUAGAGCAGCAACUUUAGCAAUAUGGAGGACGAGGGCGAAGCGGAGUCCACAGCCGGAAGCCGACCCACUGUGGCAGCAACGAAAUGGCUGGGACCGCCGAUACCCCGGAAUGCCAACGUCUUUUCGGAGCGCUUCUUUGGCUCUUUCCAGUGGGAGGAGUUCGCCUGCGGUUGCGGAGCAGCCUUCGUCAACAUCGCCGCCACUUACCCCAUCUACAAGAUGAUCUUCCGGCAGAUGCUGCACGGCGUGCCCAUCACUUCGGCCUUUGCCCAGCUGCGGCACGAGGGUUUGGGUUUCCUUUAUCGCGGCAUGUUGCCCCCGCUGGCCCAGAAGACCAUCUCACUGUCCAUUAUGUUCGGCGUGUUCGAUGGCACGCGGCGUUACCUCGUGGAGGACUAUAGGCUGAAUGACUAUGGCGCCAAGGUGAUUGCCGGCGUGGUGGCGGGCAGUGCCGAGUCCAUACUCCUGCCCUUCGAGCGUGUGCAGACCCUGCUGGCCGACUCCAAGUUUCACCAGCACUUCUCCAAUACGCCGAAUGCAUUCAGGUAUGUGGUAACCCAUCAUGGUUACCGGGAGCUAUACAGGGGAAUUGAACCAGUAUUUUGGCGCAACGGACUGUCCAAUGCCUUCUUCUUUGUACUCCGAGAAGAGGCCAGUGACAGGCUGCCAAAUAGGAAAUCCGUGUCCACUCGCACGGCCCAGGAGUUCAUUGCUGGCGCUGUGAUUGGGGCCACUAUCAGCACAAUUUUCUACCCGCUUAACGUGAUCAAAGUGUCUCUGCAGAGCGACAUGGGCCAGCGUUCGGAGGGCAGCUGGGAGGCGGCCAAGCGGAUCUACAGGGAGCGCGACUGCCGCAUUGGGAACUUCUAUCGGGGGUGCGCCUUCAAUACGGGACGCUCCUUCAUCAGCUGGGGCAUCAUGAACACGGCCUACGAGAACCUAAAGAAGCUGAUGCACCAGCAGCCAACGCAGAUGUCGCUGACCACGAAGUAAGUGGGGGAUAGGGGGAAACCAAAGGUGGUUCUAGAUAGAAAAUAAGCACACAUAGAAACGACGGUUACUUCUGCCUUUUUUUAGCUAGCCAAUUUUCAUUUGGGUUAAGUCUAAGUCUAAGUUGCUCGUGUCGAGAUGCUAUUAAGGUGCUGAAUUCUAGGUGUUUAAUGUACAUACACGCAUCCUAUGAGGAGGUAUCCUCCUCCAUUAUAACCCAUAUCUGUAUAUCGAUUCAAUUGUCCCAUCGGAUGCCAAAGUUUUCUAGGGGCAUUAUACGAGAGCAUUUAUUGGAACCCAAAUCUACGAGUUUACGGUUUAGUUAGUUACUAUAAUGACUUGUUGUAAAUAAUACCUACUAGAUACAGUACAAUAUAAUAGAAUUGUGUUGUUCGUUCGCCGCUGAUGACUUUGUGAUUCAUUGAAAUUACUAAAAACUGAAUACUAUACGCUGUAAAUUCAAUGUUCGUAUAAAUAUAGAGAAAACAAACUAAAAUAAAAGUGUAUUUGUAAUUCAAAGUUUAA